AUGUCUUCUGCUGCAUCACGCCGUGGAACAAUUGCUAGAAUUGAUGUAAACAUCACCUCUAGUGAUAAUCCCCGGAGUAGAAUUCCAAAUAUCAAUCGCCUUUGGUUUCGCUAUGUUUCGUUUCAUUUGACGAUUAAAUAUUGGGUGGAAACACUAGUCCGCCUUGAACCGAUGAGUCAGAAAGCCUUCAAUCUUUUACUGAAGAAUGGGAGCAUAUUCUGUCGCAUAGUAAUUCUUUUUGAUCCUUCACUCAUGAAGAAAUACGAUAUCAAUGCUUGUGCCAAGGAGAGGCGUUUGUCCUUUGCCAAUAUGUUUCUCGAGUUCUGUAGCACAAUUGGUAUAAAAGACGUAUUGCUACAAUUACGAAAGGUGAUCGACUUUGGUGAUCAGUUCCUCGAACGUUUUCCGGCUUUAUGUCGUGGUUACUUGUUUCGCAAACAUAAUCGUCAAUUUUCUGACUACCGUGUCCGAGUGCCAUCUGGAAAGAUGAUAGAAUUGCUGCUUAAGACUACUACACAUCUUCCCAAGAGAGAAACUGCUAAAGUGGAGAUUUACAUGCAAACAGCAUACAAAAUUAAUUUGAAGAAUGUGAAUCUGUUUGUUCAAUCCUACAAUAUACUAGCGACGAGUGAUGUUUACAAGCCUGGAGCCACAACUUGCAUUCCCCAUUCCUCGACUCUGAUUCCUGCAACAGACUUUAGCUGUCCAGCUCUUUACAACAACAUGGUUUUCGCUUUACAAGAAUCUCCGACUAUAGCUGCUAGCUUCUUUAAAGCACUUUUUUCUAACAAGAGCUCGAACUUAACGAAUCAAGAGGCAAAUAUUCUUAUCGCAAAGCUAUUUAAUUUUGGCUUAACAGAAUUUGAUCGCCAAUGUUUUACUAAAGCUAUUAUUCAAAUGAUUAAGGAUUCAAUUUGCUUACAGGACCAAAAAACCACAGAGAACCAAGUACGUUGGGCAGCUCGCGUUUUCAAAAUUGUUAUCAGCCCGCAAUUUUCAAAGUUUUACUACUCUUACUUGGCUGAAAUUGCUUAUGAACCAUCUCUUAUUUUCCCGAAGUCAUGUAAUGACAACUUUAGCUUCAGACGUACUUCCUUCUUUCUGAGUUACCUGCGAGACAAUCGUUGUUUCCUUCCCCGGGAACUUAUUCAAGUGCUGCAUUCCAUACAAAAUGACCUUAAAGGUGUCCCUCAAAGCGAAAAAUCAUAUCUUGAACGCCUAUUUCUUUACGAACAAUUCAGUGCUGUUUCUCUCAUUGCGAGUAUAAAAUCACAGCCUGAUGCAUCUUCCACUUUGGCAGUUGAGAUGCAGAGACUGUUGAAAGAAUGCCUCCUCCGUAACUCGAAAAGAGAUUCGCACAAAGAACUUUCGGUACUGUGUGAAAAGAUCAUUAAAUUACUAUGCAACGACAAGCCCGUAUACCCUUCCUUAAAAUACGCCGACCGUUAUAUUUGUCUUACGAAGCACGACCUUUUCUGCUUGCACGAUGCUUUGCUUAACUCAUUUCGUGAGCAAGCAUUUGCAAAUGAACCAGCCUUUGAGUCGCUCAUACUUAAAUUGCCCACUUAUACUUUUAACGCGUUUCAGAGGAAUCACAUGGUUACUCUCCGAGUCAGCCAUGAAGUUGUGAAUUGCAAAACUCUCUGUUCCGUCUCGGGUGUCUUCUUAACGAUCGCGAAUAUAUGCUCUCUCUUUUGUCAGUAUCGAACAAAUGGAUCAUUUAACUGCCGAGUUUGGAUGGAUCCUACACCAAUUGAAGAAACUGAAUGGCGGUAUUCGGAAAGCAAACUUGAUUACAAUCAUUACUGGGAUAAAAAUUCUACAACUAGCGAUUCAGGCUUGGAGCCCAAACUGAAUUUUCGCUCUAUGGUCGGAUGUCAACAACUACUUAUUGACUUGAUGAGUUUUAUUAGUAAUAUGCAGAAAGUCAAAGUUGAUAAAUACAACUUGCUAAAGUUUCUAACGCACAAUGUCAUGUCUGAAUUCGACUAUAAGGAAAAUGUCAAGAUUGCUAUCCGCAAGCUAGCGGAACACUGCAAGAAAUUGGACAAGGCCUUCCUGUAUCAUGAGGGCUGCGCCAUGGACAAGCAGAAAAAAGCAGCAUGGUUGGGAGGAAAAUCAACAAAAUCAGCCUUGAGAACAAGCUCCAGCGUUAAUGAGGUUAUCCGUUGUUUUCCUGAAAUCCGACCGGGCGACAUCCUCGAUGUGAAAAGAACUGCUGACGGAUCCAACUAUAAGUUUAUUCUGGUGGAACAACAUCGCAAUGUAAAGACUGAGAUAGUUAGGAUGGAUGCACUAUUUCAGGCGGCAUCCAGCGGACAAGUUACCUUCCCACUUUUAGGACUUUUGUUCGAUACAGCCGGCCUAUACAGCUGGACCCAAAGUGAAUUCGAAACAAACGGACACUCGCUCCCCAGCGGUGCCGUUUCAAACUAG